ACUGAGGGCUAUCUGAGCACUCUCAUUUUCUCUCUGGCUACAGUAAGAAACGGAGCGUAACGUCUGGUAACGGAGCGUCAUUGUUGUGAUACAUAUUGUAAAGUUUAUUUAUUCAUUAUUCAAUGGAGACGGUUCCUAAAGAUUUACGCGGGCUGAGAGCCUGUUUGGUAUGCUCUCUGAUCAAGACGUUUGAUCAGUUCGAGUUUGAUGGCUGCGAUAAUUGCGAUGAAUUUCUGCGAAUGAAGAACAAUAAAGACAACGUUUUCGAUUGCACGAGUUCCAAUUUCGAUGGCAUGAUAGCUGCGAUGAGCCCCGAAGAUAGUUGGGUCUGCAAGUGGCAAAGGAUAAAUAGAUUUUGUAAAGGCGUCUACGCGAUAUCUGUAUCAGGACGUUUGCCAGCUGGUGUCAUAAGAGAGAUGAAAAGCAGAGGAAUAGUGUAUAGACCGCGCGACACGAGUCAACGAUAAUUUUAGAACUUAUAAGAUUACUAGCGUACCUGUACUGUAACAUCGUUCAACAAAUCGAUCUGGCGAUUAUAUCAAGAUUUCUAUGAGAUCGUCACGAAAAUAUUAUACUCGAUUUGAUUGAUAUGAACUUUCGUCCUGGCUUCAAGGAUCCGAAGUCCCUUUGAUUAAGACGUUUAAGAUUUCUAUAAACAUUUGCUCAUGAUUCAUUACUUUCACCCUAAUUUAUUAAGAUUGUAUCACAUCAGCAGUUUCCUCUAGUGUUCUUCGUCUCUGUACAGAUCGUUAUUUUUUCUUAAACGGACUAGCUGAUAAGAUUUUGAAAAUGUUCGACUUUAAAGAGUAUGUACAACUUCUAUGAAAUACAUUUUCGCUUGCUGCUCGUCUCGUGAUAAA